AUGGACUCUCUGACGGACUCUCUGACGGACUCUCUGACGGACUCUCUGACGGACUCUCUGACGGACUCUCUGACGGACUCUCUGACGGACUCUCUAACGGACUCUCUAACGGACUCUCUAACGGACUCUCUGACGGACUCUCUGACGGACUCUCUGACGGACUCUCUGACGGACUCUCUGACGGACUCUCUAACGGACUCUCUAACGGACUCUCUAACGGACUCUCUGACGGACUCUCUGACGGACUCUCUGACGGACUCUCUGACGGACUCUCUGACGGACUCUCUAACGGACUCUCUAACGGACUCUCUGACGGACUCUCUAACGGACUCUCUGACGGACUCUCUGACGGACUCUCUGACGGACUCUCUGACGGACUCUCUGACGGACUCUCUGACGGACUCUCUGACGGACUCUCUGACGGACUCUCUGACGGACUCUCUGACGGACUCUCUGACGGACUCUCUGACGGACUCUCUGACGGACUCUCUGACGGACUCUCUAACGGACUCUCUGACGGACUCUCUAACGGACUCUCUGACGGACUCUCUGACGGACUCUCUAACGGACUCUCUGACGGACUCUCUGACGGACUCUCUGACGGACUCUCUGACGGACUCUCUGACGGACUCUCUGACGGACUCUCUGACGGACUCUCUGACGGACUCUCUGACGGACUCUCUAACGGACUCUCUGACGGACUUUCUGACGGACUCUCUGACGGACUCUCUGACGGACUCUCUGACGGACUCUCUGACGGACUCUCUGACGGACUCUGCAGGACGUCAGACUCAGAACGUGCUCCGGCUGCUAAUUAUUCCGGAGUCUGCCGCGCUUCAAACGCUACAAGUUUUGACGAGUGCUGCUGUGCCGGCUCCCGCUUCCACCGACUCCCGGUGUCACAGGAAAGUGCUCAAGAACAAGGCGUGGAGCCGAGGAACGGCGAAGAUCUUCGGGGGGUGA